CUUAGUCGCGAAAUGAUCACCGAUGUCGCCCGUACUGCUUUGCGUACGAAGUUGAAUGCGGAUGUGGCUUAUCAUUUGACCGAGGCUGAACGAAAAGCAGUGAAUAAAUAUUAUCCGCCCGAUUACGAUCCAAAGAAGGGUGGUCUGAACAAAUGGCAGGGAACUCACGCUCUGCGGGAGCGGGCGAGGAAGAUUCAUCUUGGAAUCUUGAUCAUUCGCUUCGAGAUGCCAUUCAACGUUUGGUGCGAGGGUUGCAGCAACCACGUCGGCAUGGGCGUUCGAUACAACGCCGAAAAGAAAAAGGUCGGUAUGUACUACACGACGCCGAUCUACGAGUUUCGAAUGAAGUGCCACUUGUGCCCAAAUCACUUUGUCAUCAGGACCGAUCCAAAGAAAUUCGACUAUGAGUUGGUCAGUGGACUGCGGCGUCAGGAACGACGAUGGGACAUGACCGAAAAUGAACAGGUGGCGUCGACAGAGGGAGCAACGGCCCGAAAGCUAGCAACCGAUGCGAUGUUUAAACUAGAGCAUGGCGAAUUGGAUCUGGCAAAACUGAAGGCGGUCGAACCACAGGUCGAACGGUUGGAAAAACUGCAGCAGCGCUGGAAAGACGACUUUUCCCGCAACCAGGAGCUACGAAAAAUUUUUCGGGUGAGCACUGAAGAAAAUUUGCGAAGCCGUCUUAAUGAAUUGGAUCGUGAAUCGGUGUUCAGUGUUGCUUCUGGUUCGAAACAGCGUAGCAGAACUCUCAGCAAUUCUUUGCCAACGAAACAGAACGCUCUCGAAGAGCUGCGCAAGUCAGUUCUGUAUUCAAAGGAGCAGAAGCUGAUGGUCCAGCUCGACCAGGAUCUGGAUAACACCAUCGAUGAACUGAAAAAGAGUAUCAAACACGAUGAACCAACUUGCGCGCAGUCCAGUGGCUGUGACCAAAGCGAAUUAAAGGACGAUGAAAAUUCUUCAGUGUCAGCCGAAAGCGAGUCGGUUUCAAUCUCAAACCUCAGCUCUGUCGACCGUCCAGUUCAAACGGACAUGCAUAACGGACUGUCGAUUUUGAGGACGUAUUGCGGUAGUUCAAGUGGCAGUGAACUGAGUGACAUCACGUAG